CAAUGAGACAGUCAUUUGCACCAAAGAUCAGAUGCAAGUUAUCAUUCCCAGUGUGUUUUUUCUGAACAAGGAGCCACCUGUUUCCGUUUGGGAUUUGCACUUGAAUGAUCCUGACUGUCGAGGGGUUGAGGUUGGGAACGACUAUGUCUUCAGCAUCACGACAAACCUCACAGACUGCGGCACCAUUAUGGCAUCAGAUGAUACUCAUAUCAUGUUCACCAACUCGAUCCGCAAUAAUGAAACCGAUAUCAUCACCAGAAGCUACAUCAACAUCACAUUUGGGUGUCGAUACCCAGUAAACUACAUGGUUCAGCAGCAAAACGGGGAGAAUCUGAUCAGAGUAGAUGUGAGGACAAUCACUCUGAACACGGAGGAUGGAAAUUUCUCGGUCUCCAUGCUGCUGUAUAAAGACGAAGAGUUUCAGGAUAAAUGGACCACUGUUCCUUCUCUCACACUUGAGGACAACAUCUAUGUCAAAGUUUACAUGAUUCCAGCCAAUCUGUUUCUGAGAGUAGAGAGGUGUUGGGCCACACCGACCAAUGACCCUUACAGCAACAUUCAGUACACCUUCAUCAGAGACAGUUGUCCAGUGUUGUGGAAUGACCAGACACUAGCUGUGAUGAAGAAUGGUCAAGGACCAGAAGCUCUGUUCAGGAUACAAAUGUUCAAGUUUGUUGGUAGCUCCUACACAGAUAUUUUCCUGCAUUGCAACGUCCAGAUCUGUCAUAACACAGGAGGAGUGUGCCGGCCUAAUUGCUCUGCCGAAGAUGCAUCAGUACGGACACGCAGGGAUGUUGCAUCGUCUCACACAGUCUCGUAUGGACCAAUCAGAAGACUCAAAACUAACAUGGAGAAUACUAAUCUGAGUUCAGAUUUGCCCCCUGUGGAAACCUUUGUGUUGGGUGGUCUGCUGUUCAUCCUGAUUGUCAUCACAGGAGUUUUUGGGAAACUCUGGCUCCAGAGCAGAAACUCGUAUCCGACACAAGAGGCCCAGCUCACUCUCUCCAACAUCCACCACAUCUCAGAGGUGGCCAGCUAACUUGAGAUCUCAUAAACACACAGUGUGGUGUGAAUUGUUCAGUUUGACAAUUUUGUCUGCUAACCUGUAGUGCAUUUUUUUAGCUGUUCUUUUUGUCUUUUAUUGUGAAAUAAAAAAGAAACUUUUUGAAUUCCUAAAAGCUUGCUUAAUAUACU